AUGACUUGGUGACCAAGGAAUAUCUUAAAUAUAUAAAUCCUACUUUAGGACACUUACUAGACAGAUUCAACACGCAAAUAAGAUAAAUAACUACUGCACUGAAGUCACUACUGUCUUUAUACCAACCCCAAAGAACAAUACUAAAAAUUCUUAGACGAACACCAUCAAAAUGUCUAUAGCUGAAGCCUCUGACCUGUUGAUCGCCCCUGGAUCUCUCGUCGUCGUGACGGGUGCGAAUGGGUAUAUCGGAUCUCAUAUUGUGGACCAGUUUCUGCAACGAGGUUACCGGGUCCGUGGUACUGUCCGCAAGGCCUCUAGGGAUCGAUGGCUGAAAGACCAUUUUGACGGGAAAUAUCCGGGCAAAUUCGAGUUGGUCGAAGUGCCCGAUAUGGUAGCAAGCGGCGCAUAUGACGAGGCCAUCAAAGGGGCGUCUGGCUUCGUACACGCCGCGGCUCCUGCUAUGGAUGCGAUGGAAAGCGCCGAUCCCUACGCCAGGGUCAAAAUCGUAGUGGACAGCACGGUACGCGCCCUAGAAUCAGCCGCAAAAGAGCCGGGGAUAAAACGAGUCGUCUUAACAUCUUCUUCCGGGGCGGCGGUGUUUCCUAUCCCUAACAAGGUUAUGUCGAUUGACCCAAACACCUGGAACGAAUACUCAGUUAAGGAGGCAUUCGCCCCGCCACCGUACGAGGGCGAAAAACGCGUGGUAGAUGUCUAUUAUGCCAGCAAGACUAAGGGCGAGCAGGCGGCGUGGGAAUGGAUCCGUGAACACAAACCUCACUUCACAUUCAAUGCGAUCCUGCCUGACUUUAAUACAGGGGCACCUAUCAACGUAGCUCGACAGGCCUCCCGCAGUACGGCGGGUAUGAUUAGAGUCUUGAUAGACAAAGGUGAAGCCCUGAUGCCGGAGGACGUGGUAUUUCCGCCACAGUGGUAUAUUGAUGUUCGUGACGAUGCCGCAUUGCAUGUGGCUGCGUUAAUAUAUCCUGAUGUGGCGGGCGAACGCCUCUUCGGCUUCGCUUACCCUUUUACCGUCAACGAUGUCAUCCAAACGCUGAAAGCGCUAUACCCAAACCACAAAUUCGGCCAGGAGAUCUCCGACGCAGGUAAAGAUCUUUGCAGUGUCGCAAACGAGAGAGCUGAGGAGCUGCUGAAGCGACUCACCGGCCACGGAUGGACGAGUUUGGCUGAUGGUCUGAAGGAUACUGCUGAAGCAUUGGGGAUUCAUUAAUCGUAGAAUGAUGUCAAUACCCGACCUGUCGUGUCGCAUCGCAGGCGGUACAAAGUGCGCCCGAGGAUGGAUUCACGAUGGUUCCACCAUAUGUAGAUAGAAAGAGAGUAUGUAGCGGUUUGAUUAACAAUACGCUAUUGUUUUAAGCCGAAUGCUACACAAGCAGAAUAGCGUCGAAAUAAUAAUUGGCGCAGUCUAUUAACAAUUAUGUAUUAACAAUUAUGCUGGUAGGUGCGUACGGUGCGCCACCUUUUUUGACGUCUU